AAUAUCUUCAAUUUACGUUGUCUUUUUUGACUUUAAUGAUCAAUCUUCUAUCUAUAAAUACAUGCAUCAAUUGCAUACUUACUCUCAUCCCGAAUCUCUGUUUUUAACCUUAUAAACAGUAGGCAAAGGCAGCAAACCAAUCUUUGUGUUAUUUGCUUCCAAGAACCCUACUCCUUCCCUUCAAGAUAUCUUUGAUAAUGGCUUCAACACAAGUUUCACAAGUUGCUGCUUCAUCCCUUCCCGUCAUUCCAACGGACACUGAAAACCGGCCCAAGGCCGACUUUCAUCCCGGCAUUUGGGGUGAUAUGUUCAUCAAUGUCCCAAUAUGGAUAUUGAUGCUGCAACUGAAUUACAAUUCGAAGAAUUGAAAGAGCAAGUGAGGAAGAUGAUUGUGGGACCCGUUGAUGAUUUGAACCAAAAGCUGGCCUUCAUUGAUGCAGUUCAAAGAUUGGGUGUAAGUUAUCAUUUCGAGAAAGAGAUUGACGAUGAACUUGAGAAUAUUUACCAUGACAUGAAGAGCGAUGAUGUUGAGUAUGAUCUCUACACCACGGCUCUUCGAUUCCGAUUACUAAGACAACAUGGCUACCGUGUUUCCUGCGGUAAUUUAGUCUUGAACUUUCAUACUUUUAAGAUUAUUGAACCGUAAUUCGUAAUUAUCAACACACAAAAAACUUAGAAAUAUAAAUAUAUUGAUGUAUU